ACGAUCACGGUCGCACAGUCAACGUUCCGCAACCGCUUUCAAGUGAGCUUCGCUCAGUGAUGAGUGACUAACGCUUGGCAUGAGUGCCAUGGGAGAUCGCCGCCGGGUGGUCCUGCUGUUCGUGCUGGUGGCAUUGCUAGCCUUACUGCAGGACACCGCGGCACUCAAAUGCCGCACCGAAGAUGGACCGUCCAGCGACGAGGUGCGGAAGGUGAUCCGGGUGUGCAUGAAACAGAUUACGACCGAAGCGGAGAACAAGAGCAGCGACGAGUACGAGGAUUACGACUCAUCGUACUCGGAUACGGAGAGUGAUGAGCAGGAUGGUAAAAACGGUGCCAAGCAGAGUGAGGGAUCGCAUCGGAAUGACGCGAGGGGUAAGAACAGUGAUGGCGAUAGGAACGGAGGAUCGCGAUCUUCCGGAAAGAACGAUGAUCGUCGUAUGAGUGAGGGACGCAACCGGAAGAAGAGCAAUGAUCGAGACCAGGAUUGGGACUACAAUGGGCAUGGGCCGGGUAGAAGAGGUGGUGAUGGACGGAACCAGCAGAGCGGACGAUACAAACGGCAGUACUACAACGAUGGAUCUCAAGGUGGUUACGGUUACAGCUAUCAGCAAAACGAUCGCUACAACCGCGAUCGGGAGACCUUCAUGAACCCUGGCGCUAACAACAGCUCAACCAACUCCUCCGAAAACCCGGAACGUGAUCGAGCCUGCCUGAUGCAGUGUUUCUUCCAGGAGAUGAAAAUGACCAACAGCGAAGGAUUCCCGGACAAGCACAAGGUUCUCCACGUAGUCACCAAAGAUCUGCGAGACCACGAGCUGAAGGACUUUUACAUAGACUCUAUCCAGGAGUGCUUCCACAUGAUCGGCAUGGACAACAAACUCAAGGACAAGUGUGACUACUCGAUGAAGUUCGUCACGUGUCUCGCUGAAAGGGGUCAAGCCAACUGCAACGAUUGGGAAAACGAAGCGAUUAUGUUCUAGAAGUUAAGAUUUAACCCGCACACGCAAGCAAUACGCAAUGUCCCUCCACACUGCACCCACAAGACAAAUAAAAGAGCAACUUACCGAGUU